AUGGCCAAUACUUUCGCCAAUAUCGUUGGCCGUGAUAGCAGCAGCAACAACAGCAAUGGUCUCAGUGGCCCCAUGCUCGAUCUGAUGAUCGCCCUGCUCGUGCUGAUCCUUAUCGCUCUUGUCCUCGUUGGUGGCCUUCUUAUCAUUCGCCGCAAGCGUCAGAACAAGAAGCAGUCACUUCUCCCCGUCCACAAUGGCCAAGCUCCUUCCCACCAACGCAAAUUGACCAUCACGACCAACAAAUCCGAUUCAAUUCUCGUGUAUGACGAAAAGCGCAGCCUGAUGGACAACUCCGAUAGCCCUCCACCUAGCCCUGUACCAGAGAUUCGCAUUACCUUUCCCGAAGAGGAAGACGAGUCCGGCAAACGCAAAUCCGGCCGCAUGGUCGUUGUUCGAAUCAGUGACGCUGGUAGUGUUGGCUUGGAGCCAUGCAGUGAGGAGCUGCCUCCUUACCAGACCAACGACUCCGGUCGCUUCCACUCUCUUGAUAUUGAGCGGAUGGGCGGAUUGAAGGAGAAGGGAGAUAUGCACAAUUACUCCUAA